UUUAUUGUAGUUGCCUUUAUCUUGUUGGUGCACGAUAAUUUGUGUUACAAAUUUAUGUAAUAGAAUUUGAUAUGUAGCAAACUAUUUUAACAUAGUUUUGUUAGUUGUAAACACUUCUUCACAUCAGUAAUAAGGUAUUUCUAUAGAUUAUAGUUUCAUGAGUCAGCUAACCACACAGUCUACAAAAAACAAAGUGCCAGUUAUAUAUCUAAAACCAUUACCUUAAACAAGAUCUAAAACAGAACAACUACAAGUAUUUGGAAGUGUACUACUAUAAAUAGUUUCACCGUCAUGAGUCAGCUAACCACAUAGUCUACAGAAAACAAAGUGCUAGUUAUAUACUUAAAAUUAUUACCUUAAACAAGAUCUAAAACAGAACAACUAUAAGUAUUUGGAAAUUUACUACUAUAAGUGAGUGAUUUAGUUCUUGUGCUACUACGUACAUGCAAGAAAAGAAAAUUAAGUCAAAUUUUAAAAAUCAAUUGUAUUUGAUACAUUUACUUUAGCUAGUACUACAGUAAACUCAAAGAAUAUCGCAUAGGUGAAGCCUUUAUUAAAUGUUUUCUGUGCAACUAUACAACUACGAAUAGCGAGAGAUCGUGUCAAAGCAUACUAGUGAAAAACCUUUUAAAUGUUGCUUGUGUAGCUAUGCAAGUAACAAAGUGGAAGUUUAGCAAAACAUAUAUUAACACAUACGGAUGAAUAACCUUACAAAUGUCCCCUUCGGCUUUGCCUUUUUUAUGGAGAUUAAAAAAAGCAUAUGUUAAGACAUACGAGUGUGAGACUUUUAAAUUAUCUCUUUGUAGCUAUGCUAAUACCGUAAGUGGGAACUUAUAGAAAAAUAUACAGUGACACAUACUUUCAAGAAACAUUACAGGUGUUCCCAUUGCAGUUAUUUGGCUAUUACUAGUGAGGAAUUUCCAGAGAUGUUAAGCAAUACAGUUGAUAAACCUUACAAGUGUUCUCUCUGUAGUUGUUCAUGUACUUAUAAAUGGAGUUUAAAAGCUCAUAUGGUAAUUCACACAGGUGAAAAACCUUAUAAGUGUUCCAUGCGCUAUGCGUGUAGCCAAAGUGGAAAUUUGAAAACAUAUGUUGACGCAUACAGGUGAAAAACCUUAUAAGUGCUCUCUGUGCAGCUACACGUGUACUGUCAGUGGCAGUUUAAAAAAGCAUAUGUUGAUGCAUACGGGUGAGAAGCCUUAUACGUGUUCCCUUUGCAGCUUUGCGAGUGCUGUAAGCAGUAGUUUAAAAAGGCACAUGUUAAGGCAUACAGAUGAAAAACCUUUCAAGUGUUCCUUUUGUAACUAUUCUAGUUACACAAGUGGAAAUUUACAAAAACACAUAAUGAUGCAUACGGGUGAAAAUUCUUACAGGUGUUUCAUUUGCGAUUAUGCGACUGUUCAUAGUGGAGAUUUAAAAAAGCAUAUGUUAAGACAUACGGGUGAAAAACCUUAUAAGUGCUCCCAGUGCAGCUAUACAUGUACUCAAAAAGAGAAUUUGAAAAAACAUAUAGCAAGACAUACAGGUGAAAAGCCUCACAAGUGUUCUCUUUGUAGUUAUGCGACUGCUUACAAUGAAGCCUUAAAAAUUCAUAUGUUAAAACAUACGAAUGAAAUUCCCUACAUGUGUUCUCUUUGCAGAUUUACUACUGCGUAUAAUGGAGGUUUAAAAAAACAUAUGUUAAGACAUACAGGUGAAAAGCCCUAUAAGUGCUCCCAGUGUAACUAUGCAUGUUCUGUAAGUGUGUCUUUGAAAAGACAUAUGUUAAGGCAUACAGGCGAGAAACCUUACAAGUGUUCCCUUUGCAGCUUUCUGACUGCUUAUAGUGGACAUUUAAAAAGACAUAUGUUAAUACAUACGGGUGAAAAACCUUAUAAGUGCUCCCAGUGCAGCUAUACAUGUACUCAAAAAGAGCAUUUGAAAAAACAUAUAUCAAGGCAUACUGGUGAAAAACCCUACAAGUGUUCCUUUUGCAUGUAUGAGACUGCUUAUAGUGGAGCCCUAAAAAGGCAUAUGUCAAGACAUACUAGUGAAAAUCCUUAUAAGUGUUCUCUUUGCAGCUAUGAAAGUGCUGAUAGUAGACAAUUUAAAAUGCAUAUGCAAAAGCAUAAAGUAGAAAACCCGUAAAUAGAAAACAUACAUUAACUGCAUGUAAAAAACCUAGUAUGUACUGUGAGAUUGCAAGUUUCCUUUGCAGGUAUGCGAGUACUGACAGUGACACUUAAAAAGCAUAUGCAAAGGGAAACUGUUCACAUGUUUUGUUUAACAUAAUUCAACUAACACACCGAAAUGAAGUGAAAUAUUUAGGAAUCCACAUCAAUAGGUGAUAAACAUGGUGAACCCACCUUUGGAAAUUUUUCAGUUCCUCAAGUUAAGGUCUUUGGAUGCUAAUCAACCAUUGUGUUUUUAAUAUUGUUCAUAUUGUAAGUAGUAAUUAUAAGUUACAAACACUGGCAAAAUUGUAACUUUCGCACCACUGCCUUACAAACAUUAAAAAAACUCAGUGGAUUAUUUUAUUAUUAGCAUAUUAUAAUCAGCGGUAACUUAUUUAAAUUUCAGUUUACUUGAAAUUUACAAUGUCCACACUCCAUUAUUCAUUAUAUAGUUUAUUUCUCGUACUUUAUGGUAAGUUUAACUUUGACCAUUACAAAAAUUCUAAUGAACUAUAAAUAAUUAAUUGUGUAGGAUAUUAAAUUUAUGUCUUUCAAUCGCAUAGAAUAACGGAAGAAUUUGUUUUAGUUCCAGGUAACACCCAAAUUGUUGUAAUCUUAAGUCUGCCAUUUACUGAAACACACCUUUAUUAUUAAUCACAUGUAUUAUCGGACUUCAGUAGGCCUGUACAAUUUCAUAGAAGGCAUUUCGGUACAGUUUACAGUAUGUCCAGUCUAUAUCGCUACCUACAUUUUUCAGUGUUUCUCAGCAAAAUACUGAUGUCUACUAACGUCUGAGUGAAUCAAACAGGUGAAGUAACAGCCCGACUGGUACUUGUAGUGUAAUACAUCUGUGUGUAAUUCUUAUUCAAUAUCAUACCACAUAUGAAUGUCAUAGCAAUAGUGAUCAAGGUUGACGUCCUACUUGUAAGAAUUUGGAACUACUACCACGGAAAGAAGCGUGAUUAUGUUCAGUAAAGUGAGACUGCUUAAAAUUUAAAAUUAGUUUAGAGAGGAUUACGAGUCUAGGAAAAGUUAUAACAAUUGCAUAUUAUCUAUUAACAAAACAACUGUCUGUCAUAUGUCUAAUAAACCCAAUAUGGAAGAUA